AUGCUGCGGCAGAAAACCAGCACCAGCAUGCUGGCCCUCAACACCAGCGAUGCUCUCAAUGGAAACAGUCCCAGCCAAGGACAGUCCCUGGACAUGGAUGCACUGCCUAAGCAAUUCGUGCUGUCCAUGAAGAAGCUCUUCGAUAUCCUGGACGACAAGCAGAGCGGCUACGUGAGGUAUGUGGACAUCGAAAAGGGUUGGCAGGACGAUGGGUCGAAGGGACUGCCGCGCGGGGUCCUGGACUCUCUGCGCCGGGUCACACCCAGCUGUGGCCUUCUCUCCUUCGAACGUUUCUGUGCCGGCCUGAAGCUAUGCCUGCUGCGCAAUCAGCAACAGAUGAGCGAAGCAAAGAUUCGGCCUCGAUCACAGCCCCAAAGCCUGGGCGCUGAUCUGGAGUACGGAUCGCCAGCACCACCGCCCAAGCCUCCGCGUCAGGCAGCAACCGUGGCCACAUCUCCUCCGGCUUUGGGCAAGGCGGACAUUCGCCACGCCCUCCAGAAUUGGCAGCUGAAUCUUAUGCACAGCGAGCGGGAUGCGAAUGCGAGUACAGUCAAGCAUAAGUCGCUAACGCUAAAGACCGCCCGCGAACAAUUCGAGCAUCGCGGAUCCGCGGAUGGUGGAUCAUCCUCCACCUCGGCCUCGGCCACCGACUGGAACCUGGCCCUGCCACCGAAGAAGUCGAGCAGCAAGCGGCGCGAGUCCCGCAGACACACGCUCCAGCACGGCAUCGACUACAAUAUGCUGAAGCGGCUCAAGCAGCUGGAGGAGCAGCGGGAGCUGCUGCUGUUUGGCCUAGACGGUGUGGAGAAGGCGCGGGACUGGUACAUGCAGCAGGUGCUCAACGUGCAGGAGCAGAUCAAGUAUUUCGGACGACUCGGCACCAGAUUCGAUCAAUGGUCGGAGCUGCAGCAAGAGCGCCUCAACUUCCAGCGGGCACGCGUUCUGGAGGCGAAUCGCAGCCUGGCCAUUCUGGCCGACACAUGGGAGCAUGGCGGCUAUCCGCUGCACAUCAAUCUAGCAAUGCCGUCGAAGCUCUCCGAUCUGCUAGAACGCGGCAAUCUCUACGAUCAGCAGCAGCAGCAUCCACACCAGCUCCAGCAGCUCCACAAUAUGCGUGCCAUGUCCAAUUUCGUCCUCAGCCAGCCCUCCCCCGAGAGCCAGUCCUCUGCGGGCCUGGGCGACGCCGAUGUGGUCUACUAGGGAAGAACUAGAAUAAGAAUGGAAAUAAGUCUUUGACUACUUUGUAAAUAGUGUAUGU